AGUUUUCAGUUGACCAAAGAAAUGGUGAUGGAGAAGCCAAGUCCCCUGCUGGUCGGGCGGGAAUUCGUGACUCUGAACCAAGCACCUGACUAUUUGCACAGGUUUUAUGGAAAGAACUCUUCCUAUGUCCAUGGUGGCUUGGAUUCCAAUGGAAAACCAGCUGACGCAGUCUAUGGACAAUCUGAUAUCCACAAGAAGGUGCUGUCAUUAAACUUCAAGGAUUGCCACACAAAGAUUCGUCAUGUGGAUGCCCAUGCUACUCUCAAUGAUGGUGUUGUAGUCCAGGUGAUGGGAGAGCUUUCCAAUAACAUGCAGCCCGUGCGCAGAUUCAUGCAAACAUUUGUACUUGCACCUGAGGGUUCUGUUGCAAACAAGUUUUAUGUCCACAAUGAUAUCUUCCGCUAUCAAGAUGAGGUUUUUGGUGACUCUGAUACUGAGCCUCCAGAGGAAUCAGAGGAGGAAGGGGAGGAACCUGAGGAAAGACAGCAGACACCUGAGGCUGUUCCUGAUGAUACUGGUGCUUACUAUGAGCAGGCUGUCAGCAAUGACAUUGAAGAACACCUGGAAGAGACAGCUGCAGAGCCAGAGCCUGAGCCAGAGCCAGAACCUGAACAGGAACCUGAACCAGAGGUGCAGGAAGAGAAAUCUGAGCCGGUAUUAGAGGAGUCGGCUCCAGAAGAGACUGUGGAAAAGAGUCCUUCUCCAGCUCCUGCUGAUCCAGCUCCUGCAGUGCAAGAAGACUCCAGGACAUUUUCCUGGGCAUCAGUAACCAGUAAGAACCUUCCUCCCAGUGGAGCUGUUCCAGUAUCAGGAAUACCACCUCACGUUGUGAAAGUACCAGUCUCGCAGCCCCGCCCUGAGGCAAAGCCUGAAUCUCAGACCCCACCUCAGAGACCUCAGAGGGAUCAGCGAGUAAGGGAGCAACGAACAAGCAUCCCUCCUCAGAGGGGUCCUAGACCGAUUCGUGAGGGUGAACAAGGCGAUGUGGAAACGAGACGGAUUGUGAGAUACCCAGACAGUCAUCAGCUGUUCGUUGGGAACCUUCCCCACGAUGUGGAUAAAACUGAACUUAAAGACUUUUUCCAAAGCUAUGGCAAUGUUGUUGAACUCCGCAUCAACAGUGGUGGAAAGCUCCCCAAUUUUGGGUUUGUGGUGUUUGAUGAUCCUGAACCAGUUCAGAAGAUCCUUAGCAGCAGGCCCAUCAUGUUCAGGGGAGAGGUGCGCCUGAACGUGGAGGAGAAGAAAACGCGAGCUGCCAGGGAGGGUGACCGCAGAGAUAACAGACCACGUGGACCUGGAGGCACUCGCGGGGGGCUGGGAGGUGGGAUUCGAGGGCCUCCACGUGGAGGAAUGUCCCAGAAGCCAGGAUUUGGAGCUGGAAGGGGGAUCGGGCAACGCCAGUGAAGGCAUCGUGGAUGUUGACAUGGUGGCGCAAACCCUUUUUCCUGCAGAUUUGUGAAUUUCAGCCUUGGGUAUCUUGGAAUGUGGCCCUAGCCUGUUAUAGACUGCUACGUUUGAUACUAUUUUGGCCCCUUUUUUGUUUGUGUUAUGGUUUUGUGAUUUUUUUUUUCUAGUCCUUGUCCCAGAUUCCAGCUUUGUGGAACAACGUUUUAGGAAAAGUGGAUUUUAAAAAGAAAAGAACUGAAUUUUCUUGUUCACCUCAAACUUACGGACUGGAUUUUUUUGGUACCAGUGGUUUUUCCUAAAGGAAUGUCUUUAUUUUUUCUUUUUAUUUUUUUCUCCCCCCCUUUCUACUGAAUUUGGGUGCAUUUCAGUCAGUGGAAUAAUAUUUCACGUGCAUGCGUUCAAGAGCCUGUAGGAAAACAUAGUACUUGGCAAGUAUUUCAAGGGCAGAAAAAUGAAACUAUUGAUUUAUUCUUUGAGGGUCGUAUGAACAUCCUCUGGUCUGGAGAUAUUGCCACUUGAAAAAUUGACAUUUACCUUUCUCUCUGUGGCGCUGUAAAAGUGGAAUAAUGGGUAUCCAUAGAAACUUUUUUCUUUUGAUACGUGAUCACGGAAAGGAAUUUGAACUACUGUUUUACCACUUUAAAAUUUUGGAUUGUGGGAUAGGUUUUAAAUGUCUAGAACUUGACUCUUAAAACACUUUUCCUGAACUUGUGAAAUUUUUUAUUGAAAUAGGAAGUUUUUUUCAUGUUUAGUUUGUAUUUGUAUAAAAAAAAGCAAAAUUGUUGUGCCUUCUAUUUAUCUCUCAUUCCAGUCUUGGCAAAUUGUUUAAAAAAUAAAAUAAAAAAGGUCUAGAUUUGCUUUAUCAA